AAGGCGUUUGCGGGCCGGGCCGUGACACGCCGAGCCCGGAGGCUGCAGCAGUCACGGAGGCUUUCACCGGCGCCAUUCACGUCAUUCCUGGUUGUGCAUCAUGAGGAACCUUCCCUCUGUUCUGCCUAGGACACUCACUUCUGGGACCCGUGCCUCCCCAGGGCUUCCUGACAUGUUUGAAGGACAGUCACCCAUUCAUGUGAAAAAUGUGCGGAGCAGAUUGAGGGAUAUAGUGGGAGCAUCUACCAACUGGAGGGAUCAUGUGCAAGCAAUGCAAGAAAGAAAAGCUCUUCAUACUUUACUGGCAAAACGGCAGGAAGAUCUCCCUCCUAGGAGAAUGAAGGAUAGCUACUUGGAAGUUAUUCUACCUCUAGGAAGUCAGCCUGAAAUAAGAGAAAAGUACCUGAAUGUACACAACAGCGUAAGGUUUGGAAGGAUACUUGAAGAUCUUGACAGUUUAGGAGUUCUUAUUUGCUACACUCACACCAAGCAGGAAAUGCAGCAAAGGUCUCCUUUAUCCAUAGUUACAGCUCUGGUGGAUAAAAUCAAUUUGUGCCAGAAGAUUAUACAUCCAGAUUGUGACAUCAAAUUCACAGGCAAUGUUUCUUGGGUUGGGAAGACCUCCAUGGAAGUGAAGAUGCACAUGCUGCAGCUUCAGGAUGGUAAUUACCACCCUGUGUUAGAUGCAACCUUUGUCAUGGUGGCCCGGGACCCAGAGAAUAAACGGCCAGCAUUUGUUAAUCCACUCAUUCCUGAGAGCCCUGAGGAGGAAGAAGUCUUCAAGCAAGGGGAAUUGAACAAGUUGAAGAGGAUUGAAUUCAGCACUGCUUCCUUACUGAAAAUGGCUCCCACUGCAGAAGAAAGAAACAUUGUGCAUGACAUAUUCCUUAAUACACUGGACACAAGGACAGUGAGUUUCCAGAGUCGUAAAUUACCACCCAGUUCAGUGUGGAUGGAAGAUGCAAAGCUAAAAGGCCUGGAGAUUUGCCAUCCUGAGGAACGGAACAUCUUCAAUAGGAUCUUUGGGGGUUUUCUCAUGAGAAAGGCAUAUGAACUGGGAUGGGCAACUGCUUGCAGCUAUGGGGGUUCCAGACCCUUUAUUAUAUCUGUUGACGAUAUCAUGUUUCAGAAGCCAGUUGAAGUUGGAUCCUUACUGCUGCUUUCUGGACAGGUCUGUUAUACAGAAAAAAAUUACAUCCAGGUUCGAGUACACAGUGAAGUUUACAAUGCAAAUACCAGAGAGCACCAUACUACCAAUACUUUCCAUUUUACAUUUAUAUCAGAAAAUGAGGUCCCACAAGUUGUACCUAAGACAUAUGGAGAGUCCAUGUUGUAUUUAGAUGGGAAGCGACACUUUACUGCAGUCAUGAAAGAAAUCUGACAGGCACUGGGUGCUGCAGCAGCAGCGCAGCAGCAUGCUGUCUUGGCAAGAGCUGUCACCAGAGGUGGCUAAUGGACAGGUGCUUGUAAUACUCAAAGAAAAACCCAACAACUACCCCAAACCAAACCAACCAAACCCAAACUCCACACCAAAACCUGCCUUUUCAGUACUCUUCAUGUAUUUGCAUAUAUUUGGAUUUUUUUUAUUCUUUACUACUAGAAUUUGUUGAAAUCUUUUACAUGCCAAUGCUAGGAAAAGAGGCUGAAAAAAUGCAGUCUUAGGCUUUGGAUAGACUGUCUGCUUUGAGAGAUCUCAUUGUAACCUUUGCUGUCUUGUCACCAUUUGCUGCCUUUCCCUUAGCAGCUCUGCUUUGUAUUUCCCUGAUAAGGGAUAGAAGUUCUGUCAGAAAAAGAUGUGCAGUAAGUAGAUAUACAUGGAUGAAGCAAUUUGACCUGCAUUCUUGUGUAAAUUAGGUUAAGGGUCAUAAUUCUUUUUUGAGCAAGGAUGCAUGCAUCUAAGCAGCAGCAGAGGCUCAGAAGUUACUAGUGUGUGCACAGU